GCCGGGCCAGGCGCACAAAGGCCGGGGCCGGGGGCGGCGGAGCGCGGCCAUGGGGCUGGCGGCGGUGCGGGGCUGGGCGCUGGCGGCGCUGGCCCUGCUGGCCCCGGGGCCGGCGGAGCGCAGCCGGCCCUACGCCGUGCUGCAGAAGCAGAACCUGGUGCUGCUGGGCAGCAUCCUCAGCGCCCUGCUGCUCACCAUCAUCCUCAUGGCCGUCUGCGUCUACAAGCCCGUCCGGCGGCGGUAGCGGGGCGGGUCCCGGCGGGGGGGGCCCCCCCCGGGAAGGUGCUGCCGCCCCCGCCCGGUGCCCCCGCCGCCCCUCCUGCCGGCUGGACGCGAGCGAUGGCGUGCGCGCGGCGCUUUGCCCACGCAGCAUCGCGUGGCUCCGUCGUGACGUCGCUGCGGGUGACGGCGUGGCCGGCUGCUGGAAAUCACGGCCCGGUCCCCAGCGGACUGGCGCCCGGAGCUGCCCGGGAGCGCCUCCGCAGCGAGCCCGGCCGGGUUCCAGCGGGGUCCGUCGCGGCGCGACGCCCUCCCAGGACGCAGCGUUUCCGUGAGGCUGGAUCGGACACGACGUGCUCGGGAGCAUCCCCGGGGCGGGGUGCGGGGGGGGUGUGCGGGGGGGGUGUGCGGGGAGCCGCGCUGGGCUGGCAUGAGGACGCGGCCGGGCUGCUGCCGGCGCUGUCUGUUGAGCAGGCCACGUCUAGCCUUGCUUUCUGUGCCCGUUCCUCGCUCGAAUGCUGAGUCUUGAGGGUUUGUAGUGCGGCCUUCAAAAAUAGUCAGAAGGCAAAAGCUCAGCAGCCUACCGGAGCUGUGCCGGUUGCCUCUGAGCAGAAAUACUGAAGCGUGAGCAGACCCUGGUGUAGCUGUUCAGGGACAGGCUUGUCGUUCCUGAUGUUAUUUGCUUUAACUCUUACCUAAAUAGCCGCAAGCAGCCUUGCACCAAAACAGCCGUGCCGAACCUGUUACGAACUGGGGUGCGGGUGAGGGUUUCCAGCUUGUGCCGCGCAGCCGUCUCCGUGCGGGUGGAUCUGUGCUCCUCAGCAGGUUGCUGUCCCACUGGAAGUGGGAGCCUCCAAAUGUCUGCAAGCCAGGCAGAUGCUUGAGGCUGCUGGGCUCAGGCUCUCUGGAAGUAUGCUGCGUUUGAGCUCUGGACAGACCUGUUCUAUGCAUUUUCAGUAACGAAUUCAAGUGUUUACACUGAAAUCACACUUACAUAUGAAUGCUGCUAUUUUGUUUUGCACUGCUAUGAGUAGUAACUGGAUUUUUGCUUAUUAAGUAUUACUUUGGUAUUUAACAUAGGGGUGUUUUGGCUAGUAAUUUAUUUAGUGUUUUAAAACUUCACUUCCAGAACAAUUGUGUAGACCUGUUCUCUAAAACCUUGUGCUGCAUCUGGCAUGUUCUGUGUUUGGUUUUUUCUAAAGGACACUGACCACUCUCAUUGUGAUGGGGGAUUUUCUUUGCUGCUGCCCUGUUAGUAAAGUGACAUUGGAGGCUGGCCUAGAACAGAUCUAGUUACUAAUCUAGGCAAAACAUGAGUGAGGAAGCAGGAUAGUGCUGUUCUAUUGCUUUCUGAUCCUUUUUCUUUUAUGAUCACUGAGUCCUGUAUCACUGAUUUUUGUCAGUCCAUCUGAUGUACGAGUCGGCCUGUAGCCGUGCGCUGUUCAUGGUGGGGGGGAUGGUGUAGCUUGCAGCUACGGCUCCAAGUUCCUGGGAGCAGCAUUGUUGUUUGCAUUCACUCUUCCCUCCCUGCUAUGUCUCUUCGUACAAAUAAAAAGGUCAGUAAACAA